AUGCAGCCGAUAGUAAAAAUAUGGCCAUUCAGAGGGUGGGCUUUAGACUUUAUUGGAAAGUUAACACCAUCAUCUACAGAUGGAUAUACUCAUAUUGUGGUAGCAACGGACUACUUUACAAAAUGGGUGGAGGCUAUUCCAUUAAAGACCUGUGAGCAGCCAACAGUGAUUGAUUUUAUCAAGAAGCACAUUAUUCAUAGGUUUAGAAUUCCAGAGACUAUCACCACUGACAGAGGGCUUUCCUUUGUUGGAAAUAAAGUUCUUGAUUACUGUACUGAGUGUGGCGUCCAAGUGAUCAAUUCCACUCCAUUUUUUGCCCAAUCAAAUGUACAGGCUGAGGCUUCCAACAAAGUAACUCUCAAUAUCCUUGAAAAGAUGAUUGAGAAUCAUCCAAGAAAUUCAAAAAGAUCAAGUACUGGCGUCACGCCAUAUAUAUUCACAUAUGGACAUGAUGUCAUUCUUCCAAUGGAAAUAACCAUAAGGUCUGAAAGAGUGGCUUUCCAAAACAAGCUUACUCUAUCAUAUUACAACCAUGCCAUACUGGUGGAAUUGGAAGACCUUGAUGAAGUCCGUCUUAAUGUCUUGGACCAUAUUAUUGCUCAAAAGAAGAAAGUCAUGCGGGUGUAUAACAAGAAGGUUAAGGCAAAAACAUUUAUGGAAGGAUACCUGGUAUGGCAAGUUAGAUUUCCACCAAGAGUCAAAGACAAGGAAUAUGGAAAGUGA